CGGCGCCACCACCGAAACGUGGGACGCCACGACGAGAACCCCAUCUGGUGGAGCAUCCUGUCGGACGAUGCCGAUCGCGUCCUUGAGGCCGCGACUCGUUCGCAUUCAACACACUCUGCCAACGACCUCGGCAAGACCACGACGGACGCCCACGUUCUCUUGCGACGUCGACGGAACCACCCGCCGCCGCCGUCCUACGAUCGACCGUCCCGACGACACAGCAUGCAAUACCCCGUCACGGUGGUCGCGUCCCGACCGCUAUCCAAGCAAGAGCACACCACAUACCUGACCAUGUCGACGUCGUCGUGCCAGGGACUCAUUGAGAACGCGCUGUCGUUGUCGUCGCUGGCCGCGACAACGACCCGACAUUGCGCCACGACCUCGCGCGAUGCGACCAUCCAUCGCGGCCGCGAUUGCGUCGACCCGAGCUUGCCUGCGCUGUGCGCCGUCACCAAGAUCGAAGCCACGUUGCCGUCGAUCGCGGCGCAGUACACGCUUGGGACGUUGUCGGACAAACUCGCACACAACCUCACUGACGACGUCGCCAUGGUGAACCAAAAGCUCGCCAAGCUUGGGUCGCACGUACUGGCGCGGCAGCAGCUCUACUGCCUCGGAGGGACCACGACCGAUAUGCCCUACCACUACGCCGGCAUUGUCUGGUAUGCCCAUUCGUCGCUUCCGCUGUGUGCAAGUCGCGACUUUUGCGUGCUUGAGUACCACAACCAAGUCGAAGUGAUGGACUGGCAGAGCAAGCGCCGACGGGGGUGGAUCCGAUGCCUUCAAUCUGUCGAUGUCAUCGGGUGUCCAUCGCUGCGAGCGUCCCGCGGGCACAUUCGGUCGUCUAUGUUUCGCUCGGGUCAAUUAUUCGUUGAAACAGACUGCCCAGGCAUGCUGACAGUGUACAGCGUCGCUGUGCAUCACUACAACGGACUCCUUCCUCCAGGCGGCGCGGCCAAGUUGAUGCGCCGCGAAGUGGCGACCAUCUUGAAGCUGGAAAAGGCCAUGGCGACACAACGUGUGCUCCAGCGACUGCGAACCGUCGAGCCGAAACAGCUCCAGACCGCUACGUUUCGUGCGACGAGGGUCCACUGCCCCCAGUGCCACCGAUCCCGGUCAUGGUUUCGACACCAGCGGGCCUGUGCGAUAUGUGGAGAAGCGGUGUGUGCGAGUUGUGGCCGCGAGUGGUCCGUCCCGGGCGUCACCCCCGCCGCAUUUGUGUGCUUGCAUUGCUUUUGUCCAAAAGGCAUGGCACCCCAUCUCGGUGUUGCGCGAAUUAUUUUCUGCUCACACUUUGCUCGUAGACUCGGAAAGAACGAGCAGCUACGUGAGGAGCACGUACAGCUCGACCAACUCGACGCCGCGGUCCAUGGCGCUGAGCUGCUCGGACGCCCAGAAAGAAAUGUUGAAACAGCUCGCGUCCCCCACACACAGCGACUCGGACGUACGGUCGGAACUGUCGUCGUGGCUCUUCUCCGGCACUGACAAUUCCGAGUUGGCCCAUGUCAUGCACGACCUCCAGCGGACACUCGAGCAAUUUGAGACUGCAAAUACACUGCCGAAAGCCCUCGAGCGCUUGGCGUGGGCCCAUGGACUGUAGCCGAGGAACUGUCGUCGCUUCGUGAACGACGGCGGCGUAUCGGGGGUGCUGUUUCAAACGCUCUUGCGACGCCACUCGGUCAACUCAACCGCGUGUGCUGCAUCCAGGCCAGAAAUACAGGUGUGCCCUCUCGAGGACGCGUGAAAUGCCCCUGCAAUAAUGUUGUGAGCGUCAAAUCGGUCCGGCUUUUUGUCCAUUUCAAUGCCGCGUUGCGAUGCCACCCUUAACCAUUUACGAG